ACAAAGACGGCUCUGAUUGGUAGACGGUUGAAGGAACCUCAUCUUUUCCACCUUCGCUAGGGAGUGGAGGGAGCGAAAAGGGCGUUUGGCGCAGGCGCAGUGUUUGCUGUUGGCGCGGCGAAUGGGGCCAGGCAGCGUUGCGGAUGGAGCCGCUGCAGAAUGGAAGCGGCAAGGGGGAAGAUGAGGCGAAGCUGCCGCCGCCCACCAUCGAGACGGGACGCGAGGCCGGAGUCUCCGCGGAGCAGCGGCUGAGGCGAGGGCCUGCCCCUGCGGCCCCAAACGGGCGGCGGCGCAGUGGUGGGUCUGGGCGGUCGGAGGCCGCCGUGGGCCGCGAGGAGCGCCCUGGCCCCGCCUUCCGGCCGCGCCUCGACUCCUACCGCAAGAACCGCCCUCUCUUUCCUUGGUUUGGCUUGGAUAUUGGAGGGACUUUGGUGAAGCUUGUUUAUUUUGAACCAAAAGACAUUACCACGGAAGAAGAGGAGGAGGAAGUGGAGAAUCUGAAAAGCAUUCGGAAAUAUCUGACCUCCAACACCGCUUAUGGAACCACAGGCAUUCGGGAUGUCCACCUUGAGCUGAAGGACCUUACGCUGUGUGGACGCAAAGGCAAUCUACACUUUAUACGCUUUCCUACUCAUGACAUGCCUGCUUUUAUUCAAAUGGGCAGCGAAAAACACUUCUCAAGCCUCCACACUACCUUAUGUGCCACAGGAGGUGGAGCGUAUAAAUUUGAGCAGGACUUCCGCACAGUGAGUGACCUCCAGCUUCGCAAAAUGGAUGAGCUCGACUGCCUUAUUAGAGGAGUUUUAUACAUUGAUUCGGUUGGGUUCAACGGACACUCAGAGUGCUACUAUUUUGAGAAUCCAACUGAUCCCGAGAAAUGUCAGAAGCUCCCCUUCAACUUGGAGAACCCCUACCCUCUCCUUCUGGUGAACAUUGGCUCUGGGGUCAGCAUCUUGGCUGUCUAUUCCAAAGACGAUUUCAAGCGAGUCACUGGGACCAGCCUUGGAGGAGGAACCUUCUUUGGUCUCUGCUGCCUUCUGGCUGGCUGCUCCACCUUUGAAGAAGCUCUUGAAAUGGCAUCCCACGGGGACAGCACCAAAGUGGACAAAUUAGUGCGGGAUAUUUAUGGCGGCGACUAUGAGAGAUUUGGACUGCCUGGUUGGACGGUCGCAUCCAGCUUUGGAAACAUGAUGAGCAAGGAGAAGCGAGAGGCGGCUAGUAAGGAAGACCUGGCGAGAGCAGCCUUGAUCACCAUCACUAACAACAUUGGCUCCAUAGCACGAAUGUGUGCGCUUAACGAGAACAUUAAUCGGGUGGUUUUUGUGGGAAACUUUUUGCGUAUCAACACAAUCUCAAUGAAACUUUUGGCUUAUGCUCUGGAUUAUUGGUCAAAAGGGCAGCUGAAGGCUCUUUUCCUGGAACACGAGGGUUACUUUGGGGCAGUUGGCGCUUUUCUGGAGCUUUUGAAUUCAUCCUGAUUCGAUGUGGAGUCUGGACUCGUGUUGGCUGCUGGCGAUUUCUACACCAAAGGGAAAAUCUGUAUUCAUUUAGUUUUGUUUGAAAAAAGAAAAGAAAAAAAAUCUAUAGUCUCCUGACAAGUAACAAAGUAAUUGUGUGUGACCUCUUCAAUCAAUGCGGAGAAGAACAAAGGUUGUUUUUUUAAUCUGAAUAUAAACCAGUUUAUAAGAAGCCUAUAUCUAUUCAUGCAAAUGUGUGGACUGACUGUACUUAUCUCACAACUGUUAAACUGUCUUGCUUUGAGCAGCUCACGUUCUGUAAAUUUUGAGGGCACUGAAGGUGGAGGCGUGUAUAGUUUGGCGAUGAUGCAAGUUGUGCUAUUAUGAAAACCACCCUUCACUGACCUGGUGCCCUCCAGAUAUUUUGGACUACAACUGCCAUCAGCUGUGCUGGCUGGGGCUGAUGCGAGUUGUAGUCCAAAACAUCUGGAAGACACCAGGUCGGUGAAGGCGGCUCAAGACCUAUUUUAAGUAUUUUUCUGUUUUGUUUUCUAAUCUUGUAUGAACGUGGAGAGCUAUGUGAAUUUUCAUCGCAGCCCUGAAAUGUGUAGGAUAUCAAAACAUACUUGAAAUAUUAAAUCUAUUUUUUAAAAGAA